AAAGUUUAUCAUUCAUGUUGUUUUAAUGUAUUUAUUCAACUUAAAAUGUUUUAUGUUUUUUCUCUAUUUGCACGUCUACAGCCUCGUGUUGAGGCGAGUCAACAGUGCGUGCCGUUAUUCCCACAGUCCUCAAAGGCACCAUUAGCCUCUACUAUUUACCACAGCCUCUGAGCUGCAGCAGCUUCAGCAAACAGAACAUUCGUCACAGUCGUUGUUUGAAAAGUGACUGGUAAUGUGGAGGAGUGUGGACGGAUGAUGAAUUCAUCCAAGCUAACAAAGUAUCGAAUUUCAAAUGACAGAGUUAGCUCGGUGACGCUAACCAAGUAGCUGCUAACAGCUGUUAGCUCCUAGCAGCUAACCAGGUAGCUGCUAACAGCUGUUAGCUCCUAACUAGCCUGUAGCCUGAACUUCAGUUUAGCAGCCGACUUAAUUUAAUAGAACCAAACUCAGCCGUCGCGGUUGGCGUUGGCGCUUGUUGGUCAAACAAACCAAACAACCCACUUGGCUGCAGAACAUGGACAAGUUCGUGAUUCGGCUUCCUAAAGGGGAGAAACCGGCGAAAUCGAAGAGCAACGAAAGGGUUUACAGACAAACAACGAUUGAAUCUUUACGGAGGGUGGUCGUGAUCGAGGACAUCCUGCGCUGUAAGUCCAUGUUGGAGCUGCCCGGACAGAGCAGGGACAACCUGCUGAGCGCCCUGACCGAGCUGAGCAAGAAGAUCCCAUCCAGGGAGGUGCUCAGGUCCACGAAGAUAGGUCACACUGUGAACAAAAUGCGAAAGGAUCCGGACCCCGAGGUGAGUUCAAUGGCAGCAAAGGUUUACACCGACUGGAGGACGUUCGUCGAGGAGAAUUCCAAUAAGCCGUCUAUUGAGGUGCGCUCCGACAAGCAAUCUGAAGGACUCCGGAGCAACGCCAGACGACUGAUGUCUGAGGCCCUGGAGGUCAAGGAGGAUUCUGGUCUCGUAGACGUCAUUGAGAGAGAAGUGUUCCACCAGAGCUCGCGGCUGGUGAGCGGUUCGUACAGACGGACUGUUCGAGCGCUGGUUUUCGCCUUCAAACACAACCCUGAGAUCAGAGGUCAAGUGAAGGACAACUCAAUGUCAGCCGACCAGGUGGUUUCUAAAUACAAGAAAUAGCACGUUGAAGCGAUUUCUGGUUAAAGGUUUUUCAACACAUUUAGUUUUUAAAAUUUUUAUUUUUCUGUAAAGGAAAUACAAAAAACUUUAACAUUUUGUGGCACAUCAGUAGCCUGUUUGUUUUUUUCUGUGCGUAAGUCAUUAAGGAGAACACACAAUGUGUGGUGAUGAUAGUGAUAAUAAUUCUGUUCUUCUUUUUUUUUUGCCGUAAUCAUGUAUGAAUUUUUGUUGUUGUUGAUGGAUGCUUUGUUUUUAUACUAUUGAACAUUUUAUACAAAAUACAAUGUGAAAUAUGAUAA